CCAGGGCUACGUGGCGCAAUGGUGAGGCUCAGCUCGGGGCAUUUCAGGGCUUCACCCCCUAGAAGAGAAUGGUUGUGUCCGGGUGACGUCAGGCUCCGGGCGGGGCCCGGCCGUUCCAAGGGAGCUCCGCGGGGGACCGUCCUUCGGGCGGAGCCACGCCCUCCGUCGGCGUGCGGCGGUGGGGGCGUGUCCACGGCGGCCCUCUCUGCGGCUGCGCGGGCGCUGUCCCGGGGUCCCGGCGCGGGCGGGAUCCUGCACUGCGGGAUAAGGCGGCCGCAUGGCUCCGCAGCGAGGAGUCCCGUGCCUGGUGCUGCUGGUCAGCGGGAAGAGGAAGUCCGGGAAGGAUUUCGUGGCCGAGGCGCUGCGGAGCAGACUCGGCGAGGAUGUCUGUGCCGUCCUCCGACUCUCGGGUCCACUCAAGGAACAGUACGCUCAGGAGAGACAGGGGAGGCGGAGGCCGGUGGUGUGGACAUUGUGCGCUCUGGGCAGGAGCAUGGCCUGGACUUCCAGAGACUCCUGGACGCCAGCGCCUACAAGGAGGCCUACCGGAGGGACAUGAUCCGCUGGGGAGAGGAGAAGCGCCAGGCAGACCCAGGCUUCUUCUGCAGGAAGGUCGUGGAGGGCGUCUCUCAGCCCAUCUGGCUGGUGAGUGACACACGGAGGCUGUCAGACAUCCAGUGGUUCCGGGAGGCCUAUGGGGCUAUGACACAGACGGUGCGCGUGGUGGCCUCGGAGCAGAGCCGACAGCAGCGUGGCUGGGAGUUCACCCCAGGGGUUGACGAUGCCGAGUCAGAGUGUGGCCUGGACGACUUUGGGGCCUUCGACUGGGUCCUUGAGAACCACGGGGACGAGCGGCGCCUGGAGGAGCAGCUGGAGAAUCUGGUGGCAUUUGUCCAGUCCCGGCGUCCAUGCCGGGUCCUGGGAGCGGCAGACGCUGCGCCUCUCCUGGACGUGUGGUCUCCCACGCCGGCUGAGGGCCCGGCCAAUGCCUGACAAGCCAGGACACCGCGGGGACCUCGCCUCGGGCACAGGACCGCCCGCCUCUUUAGGAGGAGACUGAAGGGCAAAGAGGGGCCCCUGGUGCUGGCCCCGCUGCCCUGUCUGGAUGCCCUCAACCCAGGGCUCCCAAGCCUAAUAAACCAUCCUGGAGCGCA